AUAUUACCAACCAUGAAGCCCACUGCCCUUCUUUUCCUGCUAGCCGGCACAUCUUCUGCUUGGAUUGUCAGAAACUGCAGAGGAAAUCUCCAGCACAACUGGCAAGCCGGACGCUGCUACAACUACGAUGUCGGAACGAGCCUCAUGUACCAGAGCAACAAUGGAUGCCAGAUUACGUUUUACGAAAGAGAGGAUUGUACUGGUGUGGGAUGGGGGUCCAAGAGCCAGGAAAAGUGUCUUGCGUUGCCGAAUAACUUGAGGAUUAGGGGCGUUAGGUGUGAUGAGUAGUCGGAUAAGGGGGAGCUGGGAGUAUAGAUUGGGUUUGGGGGAUCGAGGUGGACGAGGUGUAGUGAGAUUCGGUGGGAUACGACAAUCAACUCUUUGGAAAUUCUCCAUCUAUGUCAGCGUGAUACAGGUGAUGAAUAGGGAUACCUUGAUCUUCAUGCAUAGUGUUGAGCGACUUUCAUGUCU